UAUUCAAUAGGGAAGAGAUUUAUCUUCAUAUUUCCGGAGAAAAUAUCCGCGUUGUUGGUUUUAAUACUACUUUGGUUUGUUUUGGUGUUAAUCCAGGGCUGCACAGGGAAUGCGAGGUCACGCACCGGGCUGAAUGAGUCCAUCGGGUAUCCAGCUGAACAAGACCUCUGUGGUCGUCAUUCUAGUGUUGUGUGGUGGAUUAGCUCUUCUUUAUCGCUUCUACUGGCACACACCCUCCGUGGAGAAAAAGAUGGCAGCUAACACGCAACCGGGUAACACGCAGCCGGGUAACACACAGCCUGGCACCUGGUUCACACAGAUGAUGCCAGUGCCUGAGAAGAUUAAAGAAGCCGCCAAGAAGAUCACGGUGGAGAAGAAAGUGGUCGAUUUAACUUUUGAAGGUCAGGAGAUGAAGAUCCGCACACGCGAGCCUGUACUUCAGGUGGAAUCCCGGGGUGAUGUGCUGCUGUUGCACGGGCAGAAGUUCACUUCCGAGACUUGGGUUACCAAGUGUCCCACCCUACCGUUCCUGGGGGCCGCGGGGUACCGUGCUGUGGCAGUCGACCUUCCUGGCUACGGUGAGAGUACGAAGGGUGAAGUCGGCGCCGAAAAGCGGGGCUCAUUUAUUGCUGCCUUAGUGAAGGCACUGAAGCUGACAACUCCAGUGAUUGUGAGCCCUUCGAUGAGCGGGAGCUUCUCUCUCCCCUUCUUGUUCGACAAGCCCGAUACAGUGCUGACCAGGGCCAGAGGAUAUGUGCCAGUGGCACCCGUAGAAACGGAGAAGUACGCGUCAAAAUUCAGUGAGGCAAAGAUCCCAACUGCCAUAGUAACAGGGGGAAAAGACGCAUCAAUCGGGCCGAAGGCACGAAAGAACCUGGCAGCUCUGACCAACGCUAAGGACUUCCUGCUGAAAGAUGCCAGCCAUCCUGCGUACCUCGAUGAUCCGGAAACGUGGCACGCCAUUCUAUUUACAUUUCUUAAAACAGUGUUCAAGUAAACGCAGCACCAGAAAAGCACCUAGUCCAAACUAAAUCUUCAACAGGGUGUUAGAGAAAAACGUCACCAAGAAACACCUGCCUAAACUACAUCAUCAUCAGAGGAGAAUAUACCAAAAUAAUUAUACAACAAUAGUUCUUACACAAUUGUACUAUUUUGGAUAGGUACUAUUUUAACAAUUUUGAUAUUGAUGAUGGAUUCUGAUAUAUAUCACAAUACAACAGAAUGAUCAUGCUUGCAGGCUGGCCAUGUAGUGAUACAUUGAUGAAGGCAUUCUUUACCCAAGGUAAUAAUGCUGGUGUCCGGUACCUUGUUACAGAAUUGUGGAACUAUUGACAUUAUAGGGAAUGUUUAAACCGGGUUAUAGAACCAGAAGGAAAAAACAGGAUAUGGUUUACAGCCAAUGUUUACACAGAGAUGAAGCUUAUGACAAACAAUUCGGUUAGUGCCAUGCUGGAGAAUAGGGUUUAAUGUAACUUUCUACACAACGGUGUGGUCUAUAACAUUAUGUGGGAUCUUUAAAAGUACAUGUGCUAUUUCGUAUUAAAUAUUUUGUUAUGAUUUAUUAUUAUGUGAAAAUGGCCUUCUGUAUAUAUUGUUAAUGUUAUGUGUAUAAAACAGUAAUGGCUUGCUGUUUAUAAUAUAUAUGGUGGGCAUAUAUACUAAACAGUAAUGGCUUGCUGUUUA